UAAAAAAAAAAAAACAUAACACACACUUUGCAAUUGUAAACAAAUUCCAUCUUGCACAUUUCAUUGCUGAGAGUUUUGUUUAGUAGCACGGUGGAUGAGGAUUUUUUUUUUUUUUUUGGAGAUUCAAUGAUGAAUUGACAGGGGAGCUAGGCAACUUUUAUUUAUUUCUCUUUUUUUCCCCUGAGAAGAUCGAUUAUUUACGACAAGUUAAUAGUAAAACGUUGAUGAUACUUGAUAAAUUUUGGUUAGAAUCUGGUGAUGGUUUGGAGCCAUGAGUGAGAAGGAUGAGUUUGAUCUCGAAUUUGAUGAGGAAUUUUUGAAAGGAGUGGACACUGAAGAAGAACUCUACUACAGCCAGUGUGAGCCUCUCAGUAAGGAUCAACAAGUUGCGACGAAACGUCGUCGCCUUGAGUCUCCCCCAGAGCCUUGUCGACCAACUCAUAACCUGUCCUCUCGCAAGCAUCAUAUACUCACUAUAUUCUCUUCUUCUUCAAACUCCCCAGUCAAGUCCCUUGCCCUAGCAACUCUCAGAACUUCUCCACUCCCCACCGAGAUUUUCAAAACUCCUCAGAGAUCCCCCUCAGUCAUCCCCAGGUCCUCCUCAACUGUGAAAACCCUUCUUCAUAAAUCUAAAAAUUCCACCAUCACUCGAACUUCGGAUCUCCUAAAGAAAACACUUGUCAGAAAAUUUCCGGGGCCUGCAGGACUCCUCCCCGACGCCGUUAACCCUUCAAAUUCUCCAGAAUCGCUUAAGCCCUACCUCAGCCUGUUCGACGAGCAUGAUAGCACAACAACUAGCAGGUCAUCCCCAGAGAAGUUGAACGACUUCUGUACCCAAGACACUAAAAAAUCAUUCCUCGAGGGGGCCUGGUUACGAAUGAUGGACUCCCUCCCCACCGAUUUCCUCCAGGGCUACGACAUCGCCUCGAUUAAGGGCACCUCCACUAAAAGAAUACCCAGACUGGCUGUUGUCAUUCAAAAGAUCGAUCAGGCCGGUGGCAAUCCCAGGGUUAUCCUCAAGGACUUGUCGGGUUCGAUAGAGGGAAUGAUGCAUCGAGAUCUCGCCAUUAAUCACCCCAAUAUUCUGCACUCUGGUAUUGUCCUCCUCCUCCAAGACGUUGGUAUUCUCUCUUCGAAGAAGACCUUUAUCAGGACAAGGACUGUGAUGUUCUCCACUGAUAAUUUGGUUGGUGCCUUCUCUGAAAAAGGUAUCGUUGUGAGAACACCGCUGCUCGACGCCAUCUCCAGCGGUAAUUACGAGAAAGUUAAAAGUAAAGUUGCAAGCAAGAGUACAAAGAGGAUAAGACAAUGGGGAGAGCAAUUGAGGAUUGAGAUGAAUUCUUCUCAGGAGAAGAUGGAAUUUUCACUACGAAAUAGAGAUGGACCAAUUGCGGAACUGAUUGAUCAACCAGGAAAAUUUAUCAAUUCCUCUGUUCUCUGUGGAGAUUUGAAUCGUUCGGUGUCGGUAGAAUUAUCGAGAAAAGUAGAGGUGGACGGAUCGAGUUGUAAAGAUUUUUGUGAGGAAGACUUCAAUUUCGAGGAUGACUUAUUUAAUGAGAUUGAUGUGAGUCAAUUUGAUGAUGCUAAGGGCUCUCAGGACAAGGGAAGUGUCAUCGAGGCUGUAGCUGUGAUUGAACAUGGUGUGGGAGGAGAAGAGGAAGAAGGGGGAAUCGGCGAUGAUUUACUGAACUCAGAUACAGAUACUGAUGAUGAGUACUUAUCUCAAAUCGAUCUCGAAACCAUCGCUAACAAUGCCAGCUUGAAUAAUUGAUCGUAAGGGCAUAUAGGCUGUAAAUA